UUUGUUGUGGUGGUAAACAUUACAACUUAAUUUGUGUAUAAAGCGCGAAAUAAGUAAUCGCAGUUAUACUUUCAUAAAUGUUAUUUCUAACAAUUCACGUAAACUCAAAUAAAUACGGACAUGGCUGCAUCCUCAGACGUUGCUACGAUCAAACUACAAAGAUACAUAAAUAUGCCAUUGGUACAAAGAUGCAAGGAAAUAGCAACGCUGAUAGAUGAAUCAAGCACAACAGAAUUGCAACAUGUAUUUUCCAUAUUAGUAGACUCGUUGUUCGGGAUAACUGAUAACAUUGGUUGGGGACUACAUAGCAUCACUUUUAAGAAAAAUCCACAGGAGCAUGAAACACUUUGUAACUUUCUUAAUCCACAAGGACCAGUUUUUUCUUUAUGUUAUAAGUUAUUGCCAGAUUGUUACUUGAAAUACAACUUUCCAGUUUCAUUUUUACCUGUAAAGAUACGUUCGAUGUUAGAGGAAGGAGUAAUACCCCCAUUUUAUCUAGACAAAAUCAGAGAUGACCAGGGUACACGUGGUGUAUCUGCUUUAAAUAUGAAUCCCUUUGAAUAUUACAUCUUCCACUUUGCAUAUCAUUUGACAAACCCCUGGCUGCAGGUGCAGCAACAGGAGAAUAUCUGGAUCAAUUGGGAAACUGUUUAUGUUCAAUUAGCACACUGUUACUUAUAUCAUUUUCUACCUAAAGAUAAUUCUCCAGUUCUGCCAAUAAUUAGUCCAUACAUUAGGAAAACACCUCAACGGAAAUUAGUACAAUCACCCGAAUCUAAAAGAAAUUAUUACAGAAUACAAACACCGCGACUUUUGAGAACGUCGAUAUUAUCACCGGGAUCUCCGAAUUCUACAACGAGCGUUCCACAGCAACAAUGUUUACCGCAAGUUUGGAGAAGUGAAACCGUAGUUCAAGUAUUUCUCGACUUCUGGGUAGAAUACAUAGAAGAUGAUCAAUUAAAUCCACGAUUAAGCACAUCAUAUUCUGCGUCCGUUCCACGUCGACACAGCAUCCAUUCCGGAGAGCAUAUACGUUUAGUGCGAGCAUUUAUAAAAACUUUGCAUGAAUUUGCAAAUAGCGCGAUAGGCGACAGAAGUGCGAUGGAUGAACUUAAACGAAUUAUUUUGCCUUCUGUUCAAGGCAAAAUCUACACAUUCCUUCGGAAAGCCAUACAUCAUUGGCCAUUAGAUAGUUCCUUUAGAUUGAUUCUUGAAGCUUGGUUAAGUUUUAUCCAACCAUGGAGAUAUUUCCCUGGUAUAACGUAUACUAAGGAAGGUAAAGCAGAAGAGGAAGAGAGGGGAAAGAUACAUGAUGCAUAUAGAUGGAUGCCUUUCAUAGCAUAUAAUCUACUAGCUUAUACAGCAAUAUUUCAACAAUUACUUCCACGAUUUAUGAGAACAGAUCUUGUAGCUCCAAAGAAUGCGUUAAUGUUAUUCAGAGUUACAAAAGUUUUUUCGCAACCGUAUUUAGCAAAAAUAAUAUGCGAAAUUGAAAGUCACAUGGAUGAUGUUGGAUUAAGCAGAAGUCGAGUAUCUACAAAUCAAUGGACUUCAACUGUACGACAACAAAUUUUAGAGCUUGAAGGACCGACAUACCAAUACGUUUUAAUGUUUUCUACGGCUACUAUUUCACAGGUCGUAUGUCUAUUAGGCACAAUUAAACAAGCACAUUUAACAGCAACUAGUUUAAUCGACGCAUUGGAAAAGAAAAGAAAAAACAGACCAUUUCUGUUAGCACUAUGGGAAUUUUUUAAUGGUGAAGAUUAUUCUUCGGAUGAUAUUGGUAUAGAGGAAAGGCGUCGUGUCCCUGUUUAUCUAGCGAAUGCACAGCAACAGUUAAUUGAUAUUUUCGAGAUUAAAGUAGAAGACAUUCCUCAGGUAGCUAUUGAAGCUGACCAAGAAUACCAUGAGAGUAUUCUAUCGACAUCCUUCUGUCACCAAUCACAAAUGGAUUCUAGUUUAGAUACAAGCAAACCAGGUGUUUUUGUACCUAAUCAGAAAGAUAGACAGACAUGUCAAUAUAUUGAAUACAUGGGAGAUCCGGAAUUGCAACCAGUUCGAAGUAACGAAUGCGCGUUACUUGUUAGAAAUUUAUAUAAACUCUGUACAUACAUAAAUGUGAAGUACCGACAUAAGAUAACUAAGAUGUACCAUCGACGUGGUUUCUUCGGCAGCAUUUGCCGACAGAUAUUACAAUCACCAACGAAAGUCGUGAAGCUACCAAAACGAACACAAACUGGGUUGUCCAGCGGGUACGAGGAACGUAUUCCGCCUCGACUUAGUUUACGUCCGUUAGCUAAUUAUAGUCUACUCGUAAUCAUAAGUUUUGGAACAUUUAUUGCCUGGUUUACAAACUAUGGAGUCUUCACGGUCCUUGGGUUCGCCUUUGCUCUAUGGUUCGUAUACAUAAUAAUACGAGCAACGUUGGAACCAUGGACACGAUCAAACAGAAACACAUUCAGGGCUAAUACUACGGCAUUUUCUAUGAACUAAUCAAUCAUACAAUUAUUCUAUUGUAUACAAAUUAACUUGCAUCACUGUACAAUAUUCCAUGCAAUUCCAAAUAUCUAUAUAAAAAUAUAUAAUGUUUGAAAUUUUGAUAAUUUAAAAGUAAUUUAAAGAAUAUGACAUACAUGAUUUUUUUAAGACGUAAAAAAUUGUUGUUUUUUA